GUGCGGGUAGACACAUAUAAUAUAUAUAUAAUUCCUCUGCAAUUAAAAAUUCAUUUUGUAUUUCUCAAGAGCAAACGUGCCAAGGUUGCUUGGAAAAGGUGAUUGUUGUUUGAGAUGGGGGAUAAUCUUAAGGAACAAGAUAAAUGGAAGUAUCUGAUCGUUUUGAGUAAAUUCGUCGUCCAGUUCGUUGAGGUAGCGACAAUAAAGUCGUUCGGAGUGUUGAUCCCGACGAUGUUAGAUGUGUUCUCAACUGAUACCUCGUCACUCAUGUCACUAGGCCUAGCGUGUAGCAUGCCGGUUUCCAUGAUGGCGUUUGGAGCUCUACCAAUGGCAUAUGUACUGAAGAGUUCAUUUGUCUCACCUCGAGCGAUGGCUGUUACGGGAGCUUUUACAUCGUCUUUAGGAAUCAUAAUUUCUGGUUAUCUGACUUCUGUAUUUGCUCUGGGAUUCUCCCUUUCGAUAACAGGAUUAGGACUCUCAAUGGUAUACAUAACAGUCAAAGUCUUACUCAACGACCACUUUCCGGAUAAUUUCGUUCUUGUGAAUACGAUAGGCCAUCUCGGAAGCACGGUAGGUGCCCUGGUCGUACCAUUCAUCGUCGAGAGGGCGCUGUGUGCAUAUGGAUUCAGCGGUGCCAUGCUUAUUCUUGGGGGUAUCAGCAUGCAUGCCAUUCCUGCCAGUGUUUAUCUCAAGCAGACUAGAAGAGCAACAUCUGUAAAGAUGGCAGAGACAACCGACUCUUGCCAAAAACCUUUAGUCGAUGGUGAUGACAGCGAUCGUGAGAGCAUUGAGGUGAUUUCAACCGACGAUGAACAAUCAUGCAGCAUUCUACCACAAACAGACGAUCUGCAAAAUCAACGAAAGCAGAGUCGGGUGGUUCAAUUUUGGCAUUCGCUUCAAGGAUGCAUUAUCGUCCAAGAACCGCCCCUAUUACUGUCAUUACCGUGCCUUCUACUCUCAGCAGUUGUUGUUAAUUCCUGGAUUCUAUUCCUUGUUCCUCGGGCAGUAUGGCAUGGAAUACCUGUCUCAAAGGCCGUCUUACUAUCAUCUCUAGCCGGCGCAGGAGGGUUCAUCGGACGGAUAAUCUCCAUUAUAGCUCUCUUUUUCAAAAUUGACUUCAUCAUAGUUUUUAUGAUCAUCGCAUCGAUUUCAACAAUUGUUUUCUUACUCGAUCCACUGUUGACGUCAUUCUCUGUCAUGUGCGUCGCUGCCUUCCUUCAGGGAGUAUGUAUCUUCAACUUCGUGAUUUCUUACGCUGCACUCCUCAAGGGUUCCGUCUCCAAUGAGAACUUUACGGUUGGCUCUGGAAUCUUUGGUUUUGUUGCAGGUCUUGGUGGCAACCUCGGGAGUCUAAUGUCAGGUGCGAUCAAAGACAAGACGGGAUCCUACACGUCAGUCUUCCUGACCCUUGGAUUUAUUAACUGUCUAGUAGUGUUCCUUACCAUAGCCUUCCUUGUUGCUCGACAUAGAUGGACUCGUCUAAAAUCCUAGGGAAGAGGUGGCAAAAAGCCAGGGGGUAGUUGGCGACCUUAAUUUCAUUUCGAAUUGGUGUUCCUGUCCAUUGCCUUUCUUUUUGCUCGACAUAGGUGGAAUCAUCUAAAAUCCUAGGGAAUAGGCGGCAAAAAGCCAGAGGUUGAGGGACGGCCUGAAUGUUGAUAUACACUCUCAUAAGGUGUAAUCUUUUUCUUCUAUUUAUGACCCGAUUGGAAAUUGGAGUUUUAACGCUAUGAGAAAUAAGGACAGCGAAACGAGCUGCUUAUUUUUUUUAUUAUUUAUACAAUUAAAGCCUUCAUUCAAAUUGCAAAUCUCUCUUUAUAUUGUUUUAUUUGGUCAUAUCAUUGUAAUCGGGCUUGUACAUUUUAUAUCAUAUUUUUCGACAUUGCAUUGCAGAUCUGAAAGAAGAAGUUGGGUUAAAUAUCAGAAUAUACAUUUCGCAUCCUU